AUGCGGAACAGCCCGUUUAUAUCGUUCCACAAUCUCCAGUCGAGCCGAACCCAGUUCAACAAUCCAAAAUUGGUAAUCGUUUAUUGCUUAUCGAAAGGACCGUUCGUUAGAAACACUCUUAAUGAUCUGUCAUUUGAUCAUCAACACGACCUUCAUAAGACUGGCCAUCACUCGCUGACAUCGACGAAAUCUUUGUGUGAUUGCGAAACUAACCCUAAGGUGUUCAACCCAAAUUCAGUUGCACCUGGAGAUAGUUGUGCGAAUGGUGAGCAGUNAGGUGAUCUGGAAGACUUUCACGGACAAUGCGUUCAACCUUCAGCGAAGCAAUUUGCCUUCAGAGUGAGUGUGGGUUCAGUGUGCGGGCAGAAUCUCGAAUGUGAUGAUAAUUCAGUGUGUUUAAACGGCCGUUGUGUUUGUGCUGAACCGUAUGUGGAACAAAACGGCGUUUGUGUAUUCAAUGGUAUGACGGUAAGAGAAGUUGGUCCUGGUGAGCAAUGUGCAAACGGUGAAAUUUGUACGAGGGGCUCUGUUUGUAAUCCCUCAAUACCAGUUUGCGUAUGCCCCCCUGGAACAGAGUAUCAACGAGAUUCGUGCGUCUCAGUUGCGACGGCUACAACACAGCCAACGACCGAACAGACUCCUCAAUAUCUGUUCACGUUCCCGAACGAUCCACAACAAUUCACUCCCAAACCAGAACCAGUGAAACUUCAGUAUGAAGUGAAUAAGCAGACUGAAGUUGGUGCACAGUGUUCGGUGAAUACAGAUUGUAUGAUUGGUGCGUACUGUAAGGGGAACACCGAUCCACCGAGUUGUCAUUGUCUAUCAACACAUAUUAAUGUGAAUUCGAAGUGUGAAAAAGGUUCUUCAUUUCAUAUCUUCUCGAUCACAUCCUCUUACUUCACUGCUGUUUUCUCGCAAAUUUCCAUUCAACAAUUUACGAAUACAAGCCGUUUUGUUUUGAAACGAUCAUCAGCGUAUAAUUGA